UGAGGGUUGCUCUGAGAGAGGACCUGGAUCUGCGCAGGGCUUUUUUUUUAUUUGUGUUGCUAUGUGAGGCUUUGGAGCGCGGUUUGAAGAUACUGAGCGAGGAUCCACAUUCAGCGUCCGCGUGCUGUCGACGUGCUGCGUGGAGCAGGACUCAGCUGCAGAAGGACUGCCCUGUCUCCAUGGUAACAGGCCUCAGGCAGACCCAGAAAAAUGUUGGGCCAAACCCGUCAAACUUACCUGAUUCUGGACUGCGCCGGAGAGGAUUUUAACAAAAAUUAUAAAACUAUCAAGUCCUAAUAUGAUGCAUUCGAUAUUUCUUUCUGUAUAAAAGUGUGUGCCUGAAAAUCUUCAUAUAUUUCAGCUUUAUUGCAUUUUAGAAAGACUUGCUUUCUCCCAUCCCUGGCAGAAAAGAGUCUUCUAUUUAAAUAUCUUUCUAAAACCAGGAGGUGAAGGAAAAGUUGCUAUGGUAUUCAAGACAUUAUGUCAGCGACUUUCUCAGUUAAGUGAUCUUAAACUGUGCGGAGGCCGUCCCAGGCUCGUCUCAAGGUCCUAAACCAGGACAAGGAUGCACCAGCUGUUUAGCCAAGUGCUCGGCCAGAGGGAUCUGUCCAGAGCAGGUGAUCUGUUCUCUCUGGAGGACGCAGACAUUGAAGACUGUCUGUCUCAAGCUCUGGACCAGAUUAAGGCAAUCUCCUGCUCACCGGACUAUUUGACCAAUGACAAUGACCAGGCAGUGGUGGAGAUUUGCAUAACACGCAUCACCACAGCCAUAAGGGAGACGGGCUCCAUCGAGCGACACAGCACGGCUCUGGUGGGACUGUGGGAGUCCUGUCUGGAGCAUAACCUCACCCCGCAAGGUGAAAACACAGAGGACACUCCGCAUGCUAAGAUAGCCUCUGACAUCACCAGCUGUAUCCUGCAGAACUACAGUUGUCCUUCGGUCAUGGUGCUGGCUGUCCCGGUGGCCGUGCGGUUCCUGCAGAGGGGCAACAGGGAGCUGAGCAGGAACAUGUCCAGUUACCUCUCUCUGGCCGCUAUAGCCAAGGCCGAUCUGCUGGCUGAACACACAGAGGCCAUAACAAUCAGCGUGCUGGGAGGUAACCACAUGCUGUUGAGAGUUCUGCCCUCAGUCUACCCCAAACAACCAGACACCAUUCACCACCACCUAGGCAACCUCACCGCCAUGAUGCCACAGCUGGAAUCCACCGAGCAACAACACCUGAUCAGGCUUAUUCAAAUGGUUGCCGAGCAACAUCCACUUAUGUUGAGCCCUCAGGUUCCAACGUUGGUCGGUUACCUAGGGAACCAGUCUCUCACCGAGGCUCUUUUAGGAGCACUUGUCGAUGUGUCUCAAGCAAGUCCUUCCUCGCUGGUCAGCUUUCUGCCACCGCUCAGGAUCUUGGGACAGCAGUGCCCUGCUUUCCUGGCUCAUGUGGCCAAAAUCCACGGUGCUGUGGGCAUUAUCAGUGAGACUCAUGCUCACAGCUCGCUGGUCUACCUGGUGUCCCUUCUGGGCAGCAUGGAGCACAGCUUUCACCACACCCUUCUGCUGGAGAUCAGAGCGCUGACCGACCGUUACCCAUCUUUACUGGGCGGCUGCGGUAAAGACAUCUACAGGAUGAGCAACUCUUUCACUGCAAUAGCCAGGCUUCUGGGAAGACGACUGGAGGAGAAAUCAACGUCACACUGCAGGGUGGAUGAGGCGUUCCAAUCAGAUGGAGGAGGAGGAGCACCAGAGCAGCAGCUGCAGGUGAAGAUCCAGGCCUUUGAGGAGAAACUGGGAGACACGGUGGAAGAUGAGGAGGAGGAGGCAGCAGGGGAGGACUCUCCUGCCCCGCAGCGACGCUACAGCCUAAGCCAAACAGUCAGGGAGGAGAGGCGUGAGAUGAGAUUCAACAGGUCAAAGAGCCUGGCUCUCCAUGCCGUGCGUUCUCGGUCCAUUAACUCAGACGAAGGGGAGGACGGUGAAGGGGUGGAGCUCAGCACAGAUAGCGCCUUUUCCAACACUUUGCCUAAUCAGCAUUCAGAAAACCAUGAAGUCUCACCUGCUGAGAGGAAAUUGACAGAUGGCUCUCUGGUCGGCGUCACUCCGCUAGACAGAGCGGCUAAAGAGGUGGAGAAAAAUCAAAACAGAGAGAAGGAUGGACAGAAAGGAGAGUGGGCGGAGCCUGACAGACUUUACAUCCAUUUAAGAGACAAUAUGGAGAUGAUCGGAGAGUUCUGUAAAGUAAUGGUGCAGCAGAUCCCCAUCCCAGAGCAGUGUGUGAUAGAAGAUUCCAGUCGAGGUUGUGCGGCCAAGCUUUCGUUCUCCUGUCCUUUGAAAGGUCACUACUGUCUGUACGCCAAAUCCUGCUUCAACCUGACCAGCCGACAGCCGCAUCUAUGGAUUCACAUCAUGUUGUUACAUUUACAGAGUAAGUCCAGCGUACCUCUCAGCACCAGGGACGAGUGUGUCCAAAAACUGGGUUCUCUUUGGGAAAAGACGCAGCUUAAAGGAGCUCACAGCUUUUCUAUGGCCAUGACACAGCAGACUACACCACACAAGAAGGACCUGGACAACCUUCAGAUCCAGCUAGAAGAGGUGCGCUUCUUCGACUUGUUUGGAUACAGUGAGGAGGAAGGAGGCUGGCUCUGCUUCAUGUGUAACAACCCUGAGAAAGCUACAGUCGUAAACCAGGAGGGACAGCCUUUGAUCGAGGGGAAGCUGAAAGAGAAACAGGUUCGCUGGAAGUUUAUUAAGCGCUGGAAAACCCGCUACUUCACCUUGGCGGGAAAUCAGCUCCUUUUCCGGAGAGGCAAAUCGAAGGAUGAGCUGGAUGACAUCCCGAUUGAGCUGAGCAAGGUGCAAAGCGUCAAGGUGGUAGCCAAGAAGCGUCGGGACCGGGGUCUGCCGCGCGCCUUCGAGAUCUUCACCGACAGUAAAACGUACGUGCUGAAGGCUCAGGAUGAGAAACACGCUGAAGAGUGGCUGCAGUGCAUCAACGUGGCUGUGGCUCAGGCCAAAGAGAGGGAGAACAGAGAGACCACCACCUACCUGUGAGAGCGGCACCGACCGAGACGGCGGCGGGGACGCGAACGCGCAGCCAAACAUACGCUGACUUCCACAUGUAGGAUAUUUGUUUCUUGUAAGCAUUUACAAGAUUGGGGGAUAAAAAAGACCCCAGCAGGUGACUCUGAGAAGAAAAACUAAGCGCACUGCUAGUAACUUGUCAAUAGCACCACCAGCUCUGUCUUCAGUCGUAGUAAUGAUGGAGCGCAAAUAGGAAAAAGGAUUUUUAGACAUUAAAACAGCAAUAAAAGACUAAUGAAGGAUGGUUACGUAUUAAAAACACGACUCCCUGUAUUUACCAUUACGUUAAACCAACCUGCCCGUGUGCCAUGCUUCUCGGCGCGUAGGCCGCCAUCAGCGAUAGCAAAUGUUUGCUUUACGUGUUCAGAUGUCACCUGACUUUUCCGAUUUGCUCCUACAAGCAAACGAAGCAGGCAUCAGUGGGAAGUUGGGAUUUCACCGUUUAAUAACACAUUUAGAGUCCAGAGUAGUAUUCAACAAUAAAGACUUCAUCAAAGCAAAGACCUCAUAAGGAGUUGUAGCAAUAAUGAGACUGAACAGUUCCUCUGGAAAGCAGGAAGGAUGAAAAACGAGCUUAAUGGACAGCAGAUGGGGAGCACAUUGGAUACUGGAAUUGUGUGUGUGUGUGUGUGUGUGUGUAAGAGAGAGUGAGUGAUCUUAAAGGAAUAGUUCAGCACUUUGCGAUAUAUGCAGUCACCUUCCUGCCAAGAACUGGAAGAGAUGAUUCAGGCUGCUUUCAUGUAGCUGUGUGAGUCAAGUGAAAUGAAGCUAAAGCUUAGUGUAAAGACUGGAAUUUGAGUUUGACUAGUCUGGCUAUGACUAACUCCUGGUAAGGGGGUGGCAGCCGGGGACAGCAUAUUUCCUCAAAUGUCAAACAGGGCCAAUAAUAGGAUAUGUUUAACUCAUUUUCUGUCAUGUAUCCUGCUGUAUUCUGUUUUUUUCAUCACUAACCGGGUUUUUCCUAGCUUAAACGGGCCUCUAGGGGGACUGGUUGAGUCUUUUGUUUAAGAGUCUUUUGUUCCUCUACUAAACAGAAGUCUGUUAGUUUUGUUAAACAAGAAUGUAUUUUUUUUAAAAGAAAACCAUGCCAGAAACAGUCCUCCUCACAAACCCGACUUAAAUCUGUGACGCUGUUUUUCUUUUCUGCCCUUGUACCAAAGUGGCUUAAGUCCCUUAAGACCCCACGCAGGGGACACUUUCUGUUCUUUUGCAAUCACGGUAACCGAACGGACGGCGCUAUCUCAGCCUUUUUCAAACGAGAGAGGUCUGCAGCAAUCCACUCCAGUGUUUUACCGGGAGCAGCGUCAGCACAGCUGUUGCCUAAUAGUGGAGUUUGGAUCACAGGUUUCUAAGAAAUCACUGAAGCAAAUGAGUGGUUUCCUUGUGGAUUUAGAAAGGUUGCCAGUUGAGUCACACUGAUUUUCGAUGACUCUGCGAGAGAGAGAGUGGAGGUGAGCUGGCUUACUUUAGAACAGGCCUGUUCCUCGGGUUUGGGUUUAAAAGCUUGUGUGAUUUUAUUAUUUUAUUUUGGUGGGAAAUGUGUCAUUAGAUUUUUAUUUUUCUCCCUGAAAAUUGAGACGGAUGGAUGAAGAAAGAGUGAAGAUGUGAGUGUUUAAAUUGGCUCUAACUGAUAGUGUGCACCAGUUGAACUUUGACGGACAGGUAUUCACUCUCUCUACCCACAGGUGAAUGCUGCCUUAGCACUUUUUGAAGUUAUAUGUAACAUUAAAGCUGCUAAAGGUGGUCUUAAUUUGAACUCGUUUGACAGACGAGCUCUCUCUCGUCGGUCUUUCGGCUAAACCCCUGUCAGCUGUGUAAAUGCAGCCAUAACACAGCCUUUCCCACCAGGUCAGGUUACCCCUGUUUGUACUUUUAGCUGUCCCUGUUACCCCCACCACCACACACACAGCAGAGCUGACCUGCAUCUGCUUACAAAUCAUAUUAUUUACAUCAUGUCUCUCCCUCACAUUUUUAUUCCUUCCUUCCUUCCUUCCUUAUGACCUACUUACACACAUGACUUUGGGCCCUAAAGCCAGUGGGGUAUUCCCCCAUGACUGCACUUAAGUUUUUAUAAAAAUUAAUAUUUAUAUUCAUUGGGGUACGGCAGCAUCUCAAGAAACUGUGGACAGAAAGGAAUUGGAUAAUCUUGGUCCUAGAUGAAUGAAACCUACUGAUUCCGAUUGCUGACAAUCAGGAUGGAUACAGCCUACCAUCUUGUUUCUGACCACUAUCUUCACAUUUAAUCACUAAUAAUUAUUAAACUCUGGCUUUCACACCGAUAGUUUGCCUUUUUGUCCCAUCUCCCACCAAUCACCCCCAACCAGUAGCUGCAGAUGCCUGGCCUUCUUUGAGUCUGGUCCUGUUGGGGCGUUCUUCCUGUUAAAAGGGAGUUUUUCCUUCCAAUCGUUGCCAUGAGCUUGCUCAAUAGGGGGUUGUCUGAUUGUUGGGGUUUUCUCUCUAUUAUUGUAGGGUUGCUUUAUACUUUACAGUAUAAAGUGUCUUGAGGCGGCUGUUGUGAUUUGGUGCUAUAUAAAAGUUUUUCCUGACUACAUUUGAGACAAAGUGUUACGCUAUUAGAUAUCAUUAUUAUAUUCAGCACCUUUGCUGACCUGCUGUAUUGUAAAGGUUUCAUAAAGCUCUUGCUCUUUUUAGUUGAACAGUGUUGAUUUGUGUUUAAAGUGAAUGUGUUAUAACAUGAAUGCCAGAGUUGUGUUAAAGUAGCGAUAUCAGCUGUCAGUGCUGCCAUGGUGGCUUAGUUCCCAAAUCUCUAUUCUAUCUAUCUAUCUAUUAGGGGUGCAACGAUACUCGUAUUGAUAUUGAACCGUUUGAUACAGUGCUUUCGGU